AUGACGUCGCUCCUCGCGGCGGUCGUCCGUCCGCUCGCGCCGCCGCCGCCGCGCGUCGCGCCCCGCGCCGACGCGCCCGCGCGUCGUCAUCGCCCCUCCCGCGCCGCGUCCGUCCGCGCCGCCGCCGCGUCCGACAGAUCCGACAGAUCCGACGACGCCGAGCGCGCGCGCCUCGUCCGACGCGAGACGGCGCUCGCGCUCAGGGACGAGCUCGACGGCGUGCGCGCGCGCGCGCGUCGCGCGCUCGCGCGCGGCGAGCGCCUCGUCGAGCGCGCGAAGGAGCUCGGCGCCGAAGCCGAGCGCGCGAUGCUCGGGCGCGACGUCGACAGAGAGGAUCAGGCGCGGCGCGCGCUCGCGGAGCGGAAGAGGACGCGAGAUUCGAUCGAUCUGACCACCGCGCGAUGCGAGGCGCUCGCGGCGCUCGCGUCCAGGCUCGAGACCGCGAUCAUCGUCCUGGAGAGCGCGCCCGAGGACGCGCGCGUGGACGCCGCGGACGCGCUCGCGGCGGCGCCGCUGCCGGAGGAGGCGCGCGCGACGGUCAGAUCCGAGGCUGAGCUGGAGCGCGAGUUCGCGAGCCUGGAGAUCUCGCGCCUGGAGCGGAUGCUGUCGAUGACGCCGCGGGGAGAGGAGGAGGACGACACACAGGCGAAGGCGGCGAAGGCGGCGACGGCGACGGCGGCGGCGCGGGAGGACUCGGCACCCGAGUCGGCACCCUGCCCGGCGUGGUGGCGGCCGGCGGCGGAGACGCCGACGCCGCGCGCCGCCGCCGACGCGUCCUCCGUUCCCGUCCCCGCGGAGGCGCGUUCUAUACACUGGUCCCCAUACGACGGCGUUCGCGUGGUGAACGCCGGCGUGCAGACGCGGCACGUCGUCGCGCUUCGCCGCUCGUGCGCGACGCACGGCGCGGACGCGAUCCGCGGCAGCGACAGGCUCGCGGGAGGGAAGAAGGAGACGGCGUUUCGCGCGGGCGUCGUCGGCGCGUUGGCGGCGAUUGACGACGGCGAAGCCGACGCGGAAUGCGGCGGGCGCUGGGCGUCCAUCGGCGGGUGCGAGCCCGGCGCGUUUCUGUCCGACCUCGCGCGAGACCUCGGGAUCGCGCCAAUGCGCGCGGGGUCGGUCGUCGAGACCGCGCUCGCGAGGAAGUGCGCGGACAGGCUGCUUCGCGCGGGCGCGGCGACGCGCGCGGGGGACGCGCUCGAGUGCGAGCGAGAACUGGCGCAGCUGACGCGGACGCUCGCGACGUUCGACGCGACGGAGGGGGAGUACCUGGACCUCGUCGCGCUCGGUCUCGAGAAGCAGCUGCGCGAGGAGGAGAGGGAAACUGUUCGAGGGAUGGUGCCGAGCGACGUCGGCGAGGCGACCGCGGCGGCGGUGGCGCGCGCGUUGGGGCUGCCGCGUCGUUCAUUCAGUUUCUCAUCUCGCUCUCGUCUCCGCCUCCAUCACUCGUCCGCGCGCGCCCGUCCCCACGUCAUGGCGAGCCUCGCGCGCGCGGGCGCCGGCGUCGCCGCGGCCGCGACCGCGCGCUCCGUCGUCGCGCGACGACGAACCGGCGGCGUCUGCUCCACGUCGUCGUCGUCGGCGGCGGCGGCGGCUCAUCGCGACGCGCGAGCACAUCGACGCGUCUUCGCAUCGAUCGCGACCCGAUCCCGCCGCGUCGUCGUCGUCGCGGCGUCGAGCGACGACGGCGGCGCUCCCGACGGCGCUCCUCCCGACGGCGACGGCGCCCCGCCGCCCCCGCCGCCGCCGUCGAACGCGCUCGAGCUCCUGUCUCUCCUCGUCGUCACCGGCGGCGUCAAGGGCUCGCUCGCGGUCGGCGUCGGAUACCUCGUCGGCGUCAACGCGAUCUCGAUGAUACGCCCCGACCUCGCGUCGUCGCUCCACGGCCUCGAGUGGGCGCUGCCCGUCGCGCUCGUGGACGCGCUCGUGAUGCUCCCGCGGUACGACCUGAGCGAGGCGGAGGAGGACGCGAUCGACAUGAAGGAGAAAGCCCUGGGGAAGCCGGAGAAGAUCCGCCGCGCGCUGUCGCGGUACCAGCGCGAGGAAGCGCUCGGGAAUCCGUGCCGAUCGAUGCCGGCGUGGCAAGACGCGCUCGUGGCGUCCGUCGCGAGGCUCACGGACGAGAUGUUCGAGCGCGCGGUCGUGUUGGGGUUUCUGAGCGCGUGGAUGUGCGAUCGAGCCGUGGAGGCGGGCGCGGAGCCGUACGACGCGGAGUUCCCAGCGAAGGUGGCCGCCGUCGCCGCGGCGUAUCUCUACCUCGAGGUCAAGCUUCGACGCGCGUCGCGGCGGAACCGGAAGACGCUGCGGGCGUUUCGAGUGAUGAAGGAUCCGAUCACGGGGAAGCAGAAGAUGGUUCCGAUGGACGAUGAAGUCGAGGUUGGGGACGUCCUCAAGACGAGCGAAGACGUCGGGGGCUUGGUCGAGAAGCUCAAGAAGAAGAUGGCCACCGGCGGAAAAAGCGGCGCGAAGAAAAACGAAAACGACGCCGCUUCCGCGGACGCGGCGGCGGCGAUCGACGUCGUCGACGCCGCGGCGGACGACGCGAAGGCGCGCGGACUGCCGCCGGUGCCCUUACCGGACGUCCUCAAGCCGACGCCGAAGCCAGGGCCGGCGAUGACGCCGCCUCCGGGGUUCGACCCGAGCGGGGGCGGGCUCGACGGCGACGGCGGCGCGAGCGCCGUCGGAAGCAUCGUGUUCAACGCCUCGGUGAAGCAGUUCUUCGACGGGUUUCGGUCCAGGCUCACGCUGCUGACGCAGUGCGCGUGCUUCAUCACCGCGCCCGGGGGAAAUCUCUUCGCGCCCAUCGUCGGCGGGCUCGCGUGCGACAUCCUGUACGUCGUCUACCAGCGGAAGUGUCUGAACGAUGUGUUUGUCGCCGCCGGGACGACGCCGGCGGACGCGUCCAAGCCGCCCACCGCGAAGGACAUCCGCGCGGCGCGGAUGACGCUCCUGAAGCGCGAUCUCGACCGUCGAAGACGCGCGCUCGCCGGGGAGGUCAUGGACAGCAUCGACGCGUCAUCCGUCGCGGACGGCGCGAAGGAGUUCAACUCGUACAUGCGUCAGGUGGUGAACGAGGUGAAGGCUGCGAAGGGGCUGGAGAAGACGGAGGACGCGUUGACGUUGGUGUUGGACGCGAUUCACGAGAAAUUCCCGCCGUCGACGUUGAACGAGAUGAGCGAGCGCGAGUCCGUGCAGAAGAUGUACGUCACGCUGCAGGGGAUCCGGAACGCGCUCGUGUGGGACAUGGACGAGGAGACGACGACGAAGAUGAACGCGUUGAUGAGGGCGGCGAUGGCGGAGGGCAGCGAUGAAGGCGGCGGCGGCGAGGGCGGCGAAUUCGACGCGCUGUACCGCGCGGCGACGAUGACGCUCAUGGAGCGCGACGGGAUACGAAACACGGCGAGCGACUUCGUGCAGACCGCGAACGGGCUGACGCUCGACGUCAUCCACGCGAAACACCCGCCGCGAGCGCUCGUCGAGAUGCGCGAGGAGGACGCCGUCGACGCGAUGAAGACGACGCUUCGCGAGACGUUGACGACGGAGGGCGGCGCGAGCGGCGACGCCGAAGACGUCUUGAGAUGGGCGAGGGCGAAGCUCGCGGACGCGGACGCGGCGGCGGCGGCGAAACGCGCGGCGGCGGCGGGCGCGGCGGCGGCGGCGAGCGGCGGCGAAGCGAGCGGCGUCGCGCUCGGGGACGUCGCGUCGCUCGGCGCCGCGGCGCCGCCGCCGACGUCGUUGCGGGACGCGGUCGCCCUGGAGAAGAAGCGAGAAGAGGCGGAGGCGAGGGAAACGGCGGCGGAGGACGCCGCGGAGCGAGAGCCGCGGAGCCAGAGCCAGAGCCUCGACGACGGCGACGGCGACGACGACGACGCGGUGGAGAAGACUGGCGUGAACGCGACGAUCGACGCGCUCGACCGACUCGUCGCGUCCGUGGACGAGAGACUCCGAAGCGGCGACGACGGCGACGGCGACGAGCGCCGAGGCCGAGGCAACCCACCUCCUCGGCGAGCGAGCGAGCGAGCGACGCGACGCGACGACGACGACGAUGCAUAAUACGACAACGCUUACAACCC